ACGUCUUGGCAGCAUGGGGACCGAGAUGCAGGGACCGGCGGCCCUCGACUGCGUCCCCACGAACGGGAGCAACUGCAGCUCGGACGACUACGCCGACGCGGGCAACUCCACCUUGUUCGGCUGCGCGACGCCGCCUUACUGCUCCGACUUCUACAUCACCAUGCCCAUCAUCUACUCCAUCAUCUGCGCCAUCGGGCUCACGGGCAACAGCGCCGUCAUAUACGUGGUGCUCAAGGGCCCCAAGAUGAAGACGGUGACCAACGUGUUCAUCCUCAACCUGGCAAUCGCCGACGAGCUCUUCACGCUGGUGCUGCCCAUCAACAUCGCGAACCACCUGCUCCUCAACUGGCCCUUCGGCGAGGUCAUGUGCAAGCUCAUCAUCGCCAUCGACCAGUUCAACAUGUUCACGAGCAUCUUCUUCCUCACCGUCAUGAGCAUCGACCGCUACCUGGUGGUGGUGGCCACGGUCAAGUCUCAGAAGCUGUCUCGGCGAACCUACCGCGCCGCCAAGAUCGUGUCCUUGUGCGUGUGGAUGCUCGUCACGCUCAUCGUGUUGCCCUUCGCCGUCUUCGCCACCACCUACACGGACGAGUUGCACAGGACGAGCUGCUGGCUCGACUUCCCCGAGCCCGAGAAGUUCUGGCACAAGGCGAGCCGCCUCUACGCCCUCCUCCUCGGCUUCGUCAUCCCGGUGUCCACCAUCUGCGUCCUCUACAGCGCCAUGCUCUACCGUCUGCGCAGCAUGCGCCUCAACUCGCACGCGCAGGCGCUGGACAAGGCGAAGAAGCGCGUCACGGUCAUGGUGUUCGUGGUCAUCACCGUGUGCCUCUUCUGCUGGACGCCCUACCACCUGGCGAUCAUUGUGGCCUUCACCACAGACGUGCAGCAGACGCCGUUCAUCGUCGGCCUCUCCUACUUCAUCACGAGCCUCAGCUACGCCAACAGCUGCCUCAACCCGUUCCUCUACGCCUUCCUCGACGACAGCUUCCGCAAGAGCUUCAAGAAGAUUUCCGAGUGCAAGGAGGCGUCGUGAGAGAGACGGAGGAGCCGGGGGGAGGGGGGGUG